AUGGUCAUAUCCAUGUUUGAACCCGAAGGCCAAAUAUGGCACGACAAGUUCCCUCAGUCUGGCCUGGGAAACCUCAGUUCGCAAGCCAUCGCCACACCCGGUCUCUCUAUGCUCUUCCCCCGCGUCUUCUGUACGCAAACAGGCAGCGUCUGCCAGCUGACCGUCGGUGAGGGGGAAAUUAACUCGGCUGUGUCCAUGACAGCCCUCGUCCUGUCGAGCAGCUUCAACCUCACGCAGACGUACUUUCUCCUGGCCGGCAUCGCAGGUGUGAAUCCGCGGUAUGCGACCAUUGGUAGCGUCGCCUUCGCUCGAUAUGCCGUCCAAGUCGCUCUCCAAUACGAAAUCGACUCCCGAUCUCUGCCUGACGACUGGCCCACGGGUUACAUCCCCUAUGGCCGCGCUCACCCGUUCGAAUACCCCUGUAUCACGUACGGCACCGAGGUUUUCGAGCUCAAUGCCAACUUACGUGAUGCUGCCCACGCUUUCGCCCAGCGAGCUAAGCUGCAAGAUGCCGAAGAACCGCGCAGCUACCGCCUCCUUUACUCUGACCUGGGCUCGUCAUACCGUAUGGCCGUGAUGCCGCCCAGCGUCGUCAAGUGCGACAGCGCCACGAGCGAUGUCUAUUAUUCGGGCGGCAGGCUUGCGCAGGCAUUUGAGAAUACGACGGCGCUGUGGACCAAUGGCACGGGUGUCUAUUGCAUGAGCGCACAGGAGGACAAUGCGACGCUCGAGGUGCUGGUGCGGGCAGCGAUUGAAGGGCUGGUCGAUUUCAGUCGCGUCAUUGCCAUGCGGACGGGCUCCAACUUCGACCGCCCUCCCCCCUCCCGUUCCGACUGGGAGCACCUCACACACACCGACCAAAACGGCUUCCACAUCGCAAUCGCCAACCUCUACGCUGCCGGCAUCCAAGUUGUUCGCGGCAUCCUCACCGAUUGGAAUUGCACCUUUGCGCGCGGUGUGGCCCCGGCUAACUACAUCGGCGACAUCUUUGGAAGCCUGGGUGGCCAUCCCGAUUUUGGCUUUGGGAGCAUCACAGGCGGGAGGAAGCUUAGGGCAGCUGGGAGCCGGGGAGGACAGCGCGGUGGCAAUCAGACCGGAGUGUCUCUAGCUAGCGUUGAGAUGGCGAGGAGGAGGACAUUUGGGGUUAAGGGGGCGAUGAAGAUGUAA